GGUGUGCCGCCAUUUAUCACAGACGCGUCGAGAUGUCAGGAAUAGCGGCUAAACUCCAGCAGAACCGGGCGCGGGCAGCGGGCAUCGGUACCAACGCGCAAGCGAUCAAAUUCCUCAAUCAGGAUUAUGAAGCGCUCAAGCGCGAGUGUCUGGAGUGCGGACGCUUGUUCCAGGAUGACACUUUUGAAGCCAAUACAACCGCGCUCGGGUUCAAGGAACUGGGACCGAACUCCUCUAAAGUGCGCGGUGUUGAAUGGCUGAGACCAACGCAACUGACGUCCAACCCAACAUUCAUUAGUGGAGGAGCGAGCAGAACCGACAUCUGCCAGGGUGCUCUGGGUGACUGUUGGCUUCUAGCUGCUAUCGCUUCUCUAACCCUGAACCAGGAUGUGUUUGCCCGUGUAGUCCCAUCUGGUCAGACCUUUGACAGUGACUAUGCUGGAAUAUUUCAUUUUCAGUUCUGGCAGUUUGGUGAUUGGGUGGAUGUUGUCAUUGAUGACCGUUUGCCUACAAGGAAAGAAGAGCUGCUGUUUGUUCACUCCGCAGAGGGCUCAGAGUUUUGGAGCGCUCUGUUGGAAAAGGCCUAUGCAAAGCUGAACGGCUGCUAUGAAGCUCUCUCUGGUGGCAGCACUACAGAGGGUUUUGAAGAUUUCACUGGAGGCAUCGCUGAAGUCCAUGAACUAGCGAAAGCAAAUCCAAACCUCUUCAAAAUCAUCCAGAAGGCUUUGAGCAGAGGCUCGCUGCUUGGUUGCUCAAUAGAUAUCACAAGUUCCUCUGACUCAGAGGCGGUUACUAGUCAGAAGCUGGUAAAAGGACACGCCUACUCAGUUACAGGAGCUGAAGAGGUGGAGUACAGAGGUGAACUAACCAAGCUAAUUCGGAUCAGAAACCCCUGGGGUCAGGUAGAAUGGACUGGCCCCUGGAGUGAUGGGGAGAAAGAAUGGCGUCAGAUCAGCGAUAGUGACAGAGAGAGACUGAACUCCAAAGCAGAGGACGGAGAGUUCUGGAUGUCUUUCUCUGAUUUCCUGCGCCAUUACUCACGGGUGGAGAUCUGUAACCUGACCCCAGACGCUCUGUCAGAUGACAGCUUUAAUAAGUGGGCGCUGUCCAAGUUUGAUGGCAACUGGCGGAGGGGAUCUACUGCCGGAGGCUGCAGGAACUACCCAGGCUCAUUUUGGAUGAACCCUCAGUUUUUGAUCAAGUUGGAGGAAGAGGAUGACGACCCUGCUGAUAAUGAAGCAGGUUGCAGUUUUGUGGUGGGUCUGAUCCAGAAGAACCGCCGCAAAAUGAGAAAGGCUGGAGAAGACAUGCACACCAUUGGUUUCGCCAUCUACGAGGUGCCUCAGGAGUUUGUUGGUCAAAGGAAUCUCCAUCUGGAUCGUAACUUCUUCGUGCAGCAUGGUUCAGCGGCUCGUUCCGAGACCUUCAUCAAUCUGCGUGAAGUGUGCUCUCGCUUCUGCCUCUCCCCUGGCGAGUAUCUCAUUGUGCCCUCCACUUUCGAGCCUAAUCAGGAUGGGGACUUUUGCGUGCGUGUCUUCUCUGAGAAACAGGCAGAGUUCCAAGAGCUUGAUGACCCUGUCGAGUUAAAGGCUCCCGAGGUUGAAGUCACUGAGGCUGAUAUUGAUAACCGCUUUAAAAAUCUCUUUGGACAACUUGCAGGGACAGACUGUGAAAUGUCUGUGUUUGAGCUGCAAAAUAUCCUGAACAAGGUGGUAUCUAAACGCAAGGACAUUGAAACGGAUGGAUUUAGUUUGGAAACUUGCCGCAACAUGGUGAACUUACUGGAUAAAGACGGCAGUGGAAAGCUUGGCCUGUUGGAAUUCAAAAUUCUCUGGACUAAAAUUGAGAAUUACUUGGACAUCUACCGAAACUAUGACAAGGACAAAUCAGGCACAAUGAGCUCUUCAGAAAUGAGAGAGGCUAUAGACAAAUCAGGCUUCUCUCUGAAUAACUCUCUACACCAGAUCAUGGUGGCUCGUUACAGCAACAGCAAUCUAAUCAUCGACUUUGACAAUUUUGUGAGCUGUCUGUUGCGCCUUGAAUGCAUGUUCAAAACAUUUAAAGUGCUGGACAAGGAAAAGAAUGGCAUGGUGGAGCUGAACAUGAUGGAGUGGCUGCAGGUGUCAAUGCUCUAAAGAUGAAUGGCAGAUUCUAAGCAACAGGGUGCAAUGUGGAAUAAUUUUCUGCACUCACUCAAGUGUGCUGUCACUGAAAUCCAGUGUCAUCUCGUAGAAAUACUCAGGGCCAGAAAAAAAAAAAGUGAAGCAGUCUGCGUGGACAUUGAAUUGUGUAAUGGACUCAGACUUGCAUCACAAACUGAUUACCAUCGCCAGAUGCUUAAUAGAACUAGGGGUUUCUGUACAAAUAAAUAAAUUAUAUAAACUGUUUGUGAAAUAGAGGUGAUCUAAGGUAAUGUGGUUAUUUAGUUUUACAGAUAAUUUAGGAAGACAAUAACUGAGGGGAAAUAUAAACCUUUGUAGAGUUUAUGCUGGUGUGUGGAAGAGGAUCUUGCUGAAUUGUUCACAUUUUUUGAAGGCUGGGUAUUUACAAGAUAUAAACGGACCAAUAGCAAAAAAAAAAAAGAUAUUUGUUUGAAUCGAACAUGUUUUGUGGGUUCUAUUUUUAAAAAGUGUCAUCAUUAAUACAAAUAAAUUAAUUCUGUGAC